GUUAAAGUCAGGGGGCGUGGCUUAUUCCACCCCGCCAGAAAUAAAGCUUGGCCGGUUGUGAACUUUCUCCCCACUCACACCAGUGCAGAGACAGACAGAGGCCUCUCACAGACGAGGACAAGACCAAAGCGGACAAAAUGGUUAAAGUCGGCAUCAAUGGAUUUGGCCGUAUUGGGCGUCUGGUGACCCGUGCUGCCUUCCACUCCAAGAAGGUGGAGGUUGUGGCUAUCAAUGACCCCUUCAUUGAUCUGGAUUACAUGGUGUACAUGUUCCAGUAUGACUCCACCCAUGGAAAGUUCAAGGGAGAGGUCAAGGCUGAGGGUGGCAAACUGGUCAUUGAUGGACAUGUCAUCACAGUUUUCAGCGAGAGGGACCCAGCCAACAUUAAGUGGGGUGAUGCUGGUGCUGAGUAUGUUGUGGAAUCCACUGGUGUCUUCACCACCAUUGAGAAGGCCUCUGCUCACUUGAAAGGUGGUGCCAAGAGAGUCAUCAUCUCUGCACCCAGUGCUGAUGCCCCAAUGUUUGUCAUGGGCGUCAACCAUGAGAAAUACGACAAGUCCCUUAAAGUAGUCAGCAAUGCAUCUUGCACUACCAACUGCCUGGCUCCUCUGGCCAAGGUCAUCAAUGAUAACUUUGUCAUCAUUGAGGGUCUUAUGAGCACUGUCCAUGCUAUCACAGCCACCCAGAAGACUGUUGAUGGUCCUUCUGGUAAACUGUGGAGAGAUGGCCGUGGUGCCAGCCAGAACAUCAUCCCAGCCUCUACUGGUGCUGCCAAGGCUGUGGGUAAAGUCAUUCCUGAACUCAACGGGAAGCUGACUGGUAUGGCUUUCCGUGUCCCCACUCCCAACGUGUCAGUGGUUGACUUGACUGUCCGUUUGGAGAAGCCUGCAAAAUAUGAUGAAAUCAAGAAGGUGGUAAAGGCUGCAGCUGAGGGCCCCAUGAAGGGCAUUCUGGGAUACACAGACCACCAGGUGGUGUCCACAGACUUCAAUGGAGAUUCUCACUCCUCCAUCUUUGAUGCAGGUGCUGGAAUUGCCCUGAAUGAUCACUUUGUUAAGCUGGUGUCAUGGUAUGACAACGAGUUUGGCUACAGCAACCGUGUCUGUGACCUGAUGGCCUACAUGGCAUCCAAGGAGUAAAUGCCACCUAUCUGACAACUUGGUUAUUCUCCCAACUGACUACAAACUGCUUGAAGUGCCAUGCUUUGUUGUAGACCAAUUAUUUUUUUAUAUGGGGGGGAAAAAGCCCUGUUCUGUUUGUGUGAGGCUUAAUUCAAAAUGAAUUAAAAUAUUGAAGGCAUCAGUCUGCAAAAACUUGUGAUGGAAUAAAAGUCCUCUGUGAGAGAA